GACCUCUAAUCCCACCGUCCUACCACAGCUGGAACCGGUGGGGGAACUCACUGCGGUUGCUGCCUCCGACAAUCAUGCUCGGCCUACGGAAUUUGAUUACGAGGCGAGCUCUCACAUUCAGGACUAUAGUUAUGGACCCUGCGCGAUCCCCUCCACUUUGUAUAUCUGUGGCUAGGUGAUUUGCAGAUUACAAUGCCUGUAUCCGUUAGUCCAGUCUUCCUCCAUCGGGUUUCCCCACCUGAAGGCGGGUGGAGUUUGGUUGGUCUUGUUGCAAGGAAGUGUUGAUACGUAGCUGCUGCUCCCCCCAGGCAGACUACUGGAUUCCCUUAUCAACGCCUGUACUCGUUGCCAGUUAAAGUGUUUAACAAUCGACUUUUAGAUAAAUUUCAUAUGAUAUUCAAAAUGAAGGCAACCCAGGGAAGUAUUGGAGAUGGUGUGUACCCAUCAUUUGUCAAAAUUGUUGAAGUUGGUCCAAGAGAUGGCCUUCAAAAUGAACCCCUUAAAGUUCCUACCCAUAUCAAAAUUGAACUCAUAAACCGGUUAGCUGCUGCAGGCUUACGCACUGUUGAGGCUACAAGCUUUGUUUCUCCUAAAUGGGUGCCACAGUUAGCUGAUGGAACUGAAGUCUUGAAGGGAAUCGAUCACAAACCUGGAGUUAGUUAUCCAGUGCUUGUGCCAAAUUUAAAGGGCUUAAAUGCUGCAAUCGCUGCCGGUGCACAAGAAAUUGCUGUUUUUGGAGCAGCAUCAGAAUCAUUCAGUCAGAAAAACAUAAACUGCUCUAUUGAUGAGAGCCUGCAGCGUUUCUCUGAUGUGGUCCGUCAAGCUUUAAAUCAAGGUUUGCGAGUGCGCGGAUAUGUGUCAUGUGUGUUGGGCUGUCCAUAUGAAGGGAAAAUCAGUCCGCUCAAGGUGGCCAAAGUAGCUAAUGCAAUGAUGGAUAUGGGAUGCUAUGAAAUUUCACUCGGAGACACAAUUGGUGUAGGUACUCCAGGUGAAAUGGACACCAUGCUUACUGAAGUAUCUCGUUUAGUUCCUGUAAACAACAUAGCAGUCCAUUGUCACAACACAUAUGGUCAAGCAUUAGCCAAUAUUCUUAUGGCUCUGCAACAUGGUGUUGCAGUGGUGGAUUCAUCCGUUGCAGGCUUAGGGGGUUGUCCAUAUGCUAAAGGAGCCUCAGGCAAUGUUUCUACCGAGGAUGUUGUGUACAUGUUGCAUGGAAUGGGCAUAAAAACUGGUGUCGAUUUAGAAAAGCUUAUAGAUGCUGGGAAUUUUAUUUCUUCUUUCUUGAAUAGGCCAACCUCCUCAAAAGUUGCAUGUGCCUUGAGCAAGCUAUGAGACAGGCCUGUCUCACCAGAAAAUUUUGGUGAGACAGAUUUAAGUACUUCUCUAGGAGUUGACUCAUCAACUUGUGAUGAUUCUUCAAAAGAGUGUAAGGAGAAUUAUUUAUCUCUUGGUGGCUGUGAUGCUUCCCCAGUUAAAAGGGAAGGAAAGGAUAAAUGUGAUUAUGACCUAGAUAGAAAAGUGUCUGCUUUUGGUGAUCUGGAUAAUGAUCAUCCUACCAUUGAAGUUCCUUAUGAGAGAUCUGCCUAUCACCAUUCAAGAUGGUCCUUAUCCCAAUGUGAAGGAAUAAGUUGUUGUGUUGCUUAAUCUGUCAUAGCUUGGUUGUUAAAGUGUUACUUCUAUAUGUGUUCCAUGUGGUAAUUAGGCUGUUGUAUAUUGUUGCAAAAGCAACAAACAAAUUUUGGGACAAUUGACAGGGUUUGAAUCUUUAUGUGAUCAAAACAAUUCAUAUUUUUUUUCUUAUUUUCUUUUUACUUAAGUUGUAUAGUAAUUUUAAAAUGAUAUCUUGCAUUUUUGUGAAUGGUAGAUUUUUAUUAAGCAAUGUCUUGUUUUGAAGGAUGUGAAUGUUAGCUCAUUGAAAUUAUUUUGUUCUUUUAUAAUUUUUAUAACAUUCCUGAUAUAGGGCUGUGCUGCUUGUACAUUUUAAUAUAACGAAAUUAAAUUUAAAAUGGAAAAGGGUCAAACAA